ACAAGACUAGCUAGUUCUCUCACUAAACCUAGUUCAUCAAUCAUUCAAAUACAAACACUGUUUAGCUAUGAGCAACUGCUACUUUAGGACUUGUUUUCUUCUCUCCCUCUUGGUGUCCCUCUCUUAUCAAAGCAAAAAAAGUCAAGGUAAUGAAGUCGAAGAAUGUAUGGGCAAAUGUUCUAGAUCUCCCACUCCUUCCCCUUCGUUGAGAGUUGAUUGCACAAUUUCAAAUGUCUCUCCUUCUCUGAGAUUUGGUGGCACCACUCCCAACGCCUCCCCAUCGCUGAAACUAAGAGGCACAACUCCCAACGCCUCCCUAUCGCUGAAACUAAGAGGCACAACUCCCAACGCCUCUCCAUCGCUGAAACUAAGAGGCACAACUCCCAACGCCUCCCCUUUACUAAGACUUAGAGGAACAACUCCCAACGCCUCCCCAUUGAUGAGACCUGGAGGCACAACUCCCAACGUUUCUCCUUUGCUAAAAUUUGGUGGAACAACUCCCAAUGCUUCUCCUUUGCUAAGACUAGGAGCCACAACUCCCAACGCCUCCCCAUCGCUGAGACUAGGAGGCACAACUCCCAAUUCCUCCCCUUCACUAAGACUUGGAGGCACAACUCCCAUUGUUUUUCCUUCUCUGAGACAUAGAGGCACAAAUCCUAGUGUUUCCCCUUCGCAGAGACUUGGUGGCAUAACUCCUGACGCUUCCCUUUUGUUGAGACUUGGAGGCACACCUCCCAACGCGUCUCCUUCAGUGAGAUUAAGAGGCACCACUCCCAAUGCUUCCCCUUUGCUGAGACUUGGAGGCACAACUCCCAAUGCUUCCCCUUUGCUUAGACUUGGAGGCACAACUCCCAACAUAUCCCUUUCGCUGAGACUUGGUGGAACAACUCCCAACGUCUCUCCUUCGUUGAGACUUACUGGAACAACUCCUAAUGCCUCCCCUACGUUGAGAUUAGGUGGCACAACUCCCAACAUGUUCCCUUCUUUGAGAAUAGCAGACAUAACUCCCAACACUUCCCCUUCGCUGAGAUUUGGAGGCACAACUCCAAAUGCUUCCCCUUUGAUGAGACUUGGAAGCAUAACUCCCAACGCAUCCCCUUCACUUCAACUUGGAGGCAAAACUCCCAAUGUUUCCCCUUCGCUGAGACUUAGAGGCACAACUCCAAACGCCUCUCCAUCGCUGAUACUUGGUAUUACAACUCCCAACGUCUCCCCUUUGCUUAGACUUGAUGGCACAACUCCCAAUGCCUCUCAUUUGUUGAGAUUAGGUGGCACAACUCAGAAUGCUUUCCCCUUUUUGAGAAUAGCAGGCACAACUUCUAACGCUUCCCCUUCGCUUCGAAUUGUAGGCACAACUCCCAACCAUUCCCCUUCACUGAGACUUGAAGGUAUAACUUCCAACACUUCCCCUUCACUAAGAUUAGGAGGCACAACUCCCAAUGUCUCUCCUGCUCUAAGAUUAAGAGGGACAACUACCAACGUGUUCCCUUCGAUGAGAUUUGAAGGGACAACUCCCAAUGUCUCCCCUGCUCUAAGAUUAAGAGGCAUAACUUCCAGUGCAUCCCCUUCGAUGAGAUUAGGAGGGACAACUCCUAACGCUUCCCCGUCGCUAAGACUUGGAUGAACAACUCCCAACACUUCUCCUUCGCUGAGAUUUGGAGGCACAAUUUCUAUUGCGUCCCUUCUUUGAGACUUGAAAUCAUAAUUCUCAAUGUUUCUCAUUCAUCAUAUAAUUAAUUAAUAUGAAUAAAACUGAUCAAUUUAAUUA